AUGUCGUUCCUACCCAUCUUCGACUACGGGGUGAUACCUGCAACCACCAGCUUUAAGAGUGAUGGUAACCCUAGCGGCAGUGACGUGAGUAACACGGCAGCAAUUUCCUCUGCGUCUGCUGGCAGUAGUAAGCCACCCUCUGGGGCGAACCCUGGGGGGAAGGGCGCAACCGCGGGCGGGGAAGGCGGAACCGCGGGCGCGGGCGGCGCAAAAGCGGAUGGCGCGGAGGCGCCGAAGAAAAAAGCGACAAAAUUGGGGAGCAGCGGAGCAGGCGGAAAGAAAGCCGCGGGUAAAGCAGCGGCGAAAGGGAAGGGGAAGGCGGGGACGGGGAAAGGGGCGGGGAAAGCGGCAGGAACUGGCUCCUCGUCUUCCGCAGCCGGCGCGGCUGCUGCGGCGCGGGAGAAGGAGGAGCGCAUGAAAGCGGCGAAGGCGGAGGUUGAGGCGCACGCCACCGCGCUGGAGGCGCAUCGAUCCGCCGUCUUCAAACUGCAGGCGCUGCUGAUCCGCGACGAUUUGCAAGGGGUGUUGGAUGCAGCAGGGGUGGGGAGGGGUGUGGAGGUGCGCGAGUGGGUGGGGGGGGCUGCUGUCGCUGGGGUUACUAGCUCAGAGGGUGCUGGCACAGGGGUUACUGGCACAGGGGCAGAUGCGGCAGCAACAGACGGGCUGUCUUCGUCUGGAGGCUUUGAGUCUGCAGUGCAUAAUGCGAUUGAAGGGUACAUUCCUCGGCAUGGUACUGAGGCGGUCAAUAAAGGGUUCUUCUCUCAGCAUGGCACAGCGCGGAGCAUGCUAGUAGAGGGAGAGGGAGGGAAAGAAAGAGGAGUGAGAAGGGAAGAGAGAGUGGGAGAGGGAGAGGGAGAGAAUGUAGGAGAGAGAGGAGGGGAGAGAGGAAGAGAGAAAGGGGGAGAGAGAGGGAGAGGAGAUAACAUUGCUCAGAGCAUAAUGUCUCAAGUGGUUGCUGCGUCAGGGACGUGUGAUGAGGUGUUUGCACCGAGUGUGGGGAUGGAGGGGUGGGUUGGGGGUGAGCAGAAUGAGAACGGUAGGGGCGGCAUGGGGGUGGGAGUGGGUGACAGGGUUGGUGGGACGUUAGACGUAGCAGCAGCAGAAGCAGGAGGAACAGGAGGAGCAGGGGACGGGGCAGGGGCGAAUGGAACAGCAGCAGCAGUGACAGCAACAGGGAAAGAAGCAGUUGAGGGGCGACCAGCAGAGCUGCGACCAGCUUUAAAGAAAGCAGUGUCUGGGGAGAAGGGCGGGCGGGAAGUAGGUGCGCAGAGGGAGGAGGGGAGGCAUGUAACCUGGGCGGCAGAUGACAGGCUGGCAGUGGCACAGGACGAGAAGGGUGGCAGUGGCAGCGGGGGGAGGGGUAGAGGUGAGGGGGAGUUAGAAGGGGGGAGCGCAGGACGGGAGGAGAGGUGGGGAGAGGGGAGUGCAGCAGGGGAGAGAGGUGGGAAGGAGCGGGGAGGUGGGAGGGGGAAGAAGCAGGGAGCAGUGAGGGAGGGGGCAGUGAGGGAGGGGAGCAGUGGGGUGGUUGGCAGGGGUGCAGAAGGCAUGGGGGAAAGAGAAGGGUGGGGCGUGGAGGGAGGGGCAGAGGCAGCAGCAGCGGGUCGCUGUGGAUGGUUUGAGCCUCCUCCCCCGGGCUUCAAGAUGCAGCUCCCCUUUCACUGCACUCUCCUCAUGGCUCUUCAGGAGUGGGUCACUGCCGACUCGCUUCGCCUCAUCUACCCACCACCACCACCACCACCACCACCAUCACAGCAACCACAGACACCAGCACAAGCACCACAAUCGGCCCAGCCACCACAGCAACCAUCUCAACCACCAUGUGUGAUAUCGAGCGUGGAAGCGAACGGGUGGGAGUACCCUGCUCUCCUGGGGUCCGUGCCUGAUGCUGCCAGAGCAGCUGAGAUCCGAAGGACUUUGGGAGAAGGCCUGGGCCGGGAGACGGCAGGUGUGGUGGAAGGCUUGGGGCUGCUGCUGCCACUGUCGACUGUGGAACACACACUGACUCGUCUGCUUGCGACCUUUGCCUUCCGCUCGCCCCUCGCCUCUCUCCGCCGCCCCCACUGGCAACUGCUGCUGUUGCUGCUGCUCGAGGCCCUGUCGGUCAACUGCCUGCCCCCUGCUGCUGCUAGUGCACUCAACACACACAGGCAUCAAGUAUACAAGGUGGCAGCAGCAGCAGGUGUGGACAGGGACAACUACCUCUUGCUCAGGCAGAUGCUGCUUCCCAGGGGGCCUUCGGUUAGCAACCCAAACCAGAACACAAACGCUGCUGCUUAG